UUUGCUUUAUUUCUACACACUUCGGGGUUCUGGAGAAGUGUCUUCGUUCGGAACAUUUGUACUAAUUACAGAAUUGUCCCAUCAACACGGGACAUGUGGUCACCCGUCCUUAUGGGAACUAAUGGUUAUCUCCGUGCUUUCCACCAGGCAUGGUGCACUCUCACUUUUAUGGCCAUGAGAUUUAGUUAACUUGAAAUCACAUUGUGAUCCCGUGGAUAGUGCAGACAGGAAGCCAGAAGUUUUGUGGAUGUUGGGGCUAAGUCGCUGCUUCGCAUAUAUGUGCUUUUAGUUUUUUUUUCUUCAUUUUGUUUGGGGGAUUUAUGUCAAUAUAUACAACAUGCCAUUUAUAAUGGACCCAACGUUUAAAGAAGCCCUAAAGAAAAAGCCUAAGGAAAGGACACAAGAGGACCUAAAUACUAUUUGUUAUCACAUGCAUAGAAUGGACAUUCUUUCUCACCUCAGGGAACAUCAGCUGAGAUUGAUGUCUUCUACAGCACGCUACGAAAGAUACAGUGGAAAUCAAGUACUGUUCUGUUCUGAAAGUUUGGCCAGAUGUUGGUAUAUUUUGUUGUCUGGUUCAGUUUUGGUGAAAGAUUCCAUGUUUUUACCUCCAUGCAGCUUUGGAAAACAGUCUGGUGGCAAAAGAGGUUGUGAAUGCAUUGUGUUGGAGCCCUCAGAAAUGAUUGUGGUGGAGAAUGCCAGGGAAAACAACGAGAGCAUCCUGCACAGAGAGACAUCAAUUAGACAAUCCCGCCGUCGCUAUCGGAAAAUCAACCAGCAAGGAGAACGCCAAACAAUCACAGAUAAUGGAGAUGCUAACAGCUAUAUAACACUUCCUGCAGACCUUUCAAAAAUGCAUCUUACGGACAAUCCACAUUCGCAAGUUACCCACGUCCCAUCCAGCCAAUCGGGAUGCAGCAUCGCCAGCGAUUCUGGAAGCAGCAGUUUGUCGGACAUCUACCAGGCAACAGAAAGCGAAAUGGGAGAUGUGGACUUGACAGGGUUACCUGAAGCCCCUGUAGACUCAGAGGAUGAAGAAGAAGAAGAUGAAGAUAUUGACAGAGCAUCAGACACAUUGCUCGGCCGUGACAUUGUGCGAGAAUGCCUUGAGAAGGACCCAGCAGACAGAACAGAUGAUGACAUUGAACAAUUAAUGGAGUUUAUGCAUCAGCUUCCGGCUUUUGUCAAUAUGACUAUGUCUGUGAGGAGAAAGCUGUGCUCGGUCAUGAUCUUUGAAGUUGUAGAGCAUGCUGGGGCUACCAUUCUGCAAGAUGGACAAGAACUGGAUUCUUGGUAUGUUAUUCUCAAUGGCAUUGUAGAAAUCACCUAUUCAGAUGGCCGAAGUGAAAAUCUGUGCAUGGGAAACAGUUUUGGAAUAAACCCAUCUUUAGAUAAGCAGUACAUGAAUGGAGUUGUUAGGACAAAAGUCGACGAUUGCCAGUUUGUGUGUAUAGCGCAGCAAGAUUACUGGCGAAUAUUAAACCAUGUGGAAAAGAACACCCACAAAGUUAAAGAAAAAGGAGAGAUUGUUAUGGUUAACGAGCACAGAGAAUUGGACCGAAGUGGAACUCGAAAGGGACAUAUAGUGAUUCAGGGAACUCCAGAACGGCUUAUCAUGCACCUGAUAGAGGAACAUUCUAUAGUUGACCCAACUUACAUAGAAGAUUUCCUACUCACAUACAGAACAUUCCUAUCAAGUCCAAUGGAUGUUGGAGAAAAGCUUCUGGAAUGGUUUCAAGUAGACAGCCUUCGGGACAAGGUAACAAGAGUGGUGCUUCUUUGGGUAAACAACCACUUCAAUGAUUUUGAGGGUGACCAGAAAAUGACAAGGUUUCUGGAGGAAUUUGAAAAGCAUCUUGAAAAUGCGAAAAUGAAGGGGCACCUGCGUCUGUUAAACAUCGCCUGUGCAGCAAAGGCAAAAUGGAGGCAAGUCACCUUGUUGAAGCCUUCUCGUGAAUCACCACUUUGUUUUACUUUUCUUGGGGGGAGUGAUAAAGGCUUUGGCAUUUUUGUAGAGAGUGUUGAUGCCGCCAGCAAAGCUUCUGAAGCUGGAUUAAAGCGAGGGGACCAGAUUAUGGAAGUUAAUGGGCAGAAUUUUGAAAACAUUACGUAUGCAAAAGCCCUGGAAAUCCUGAAGAAUAAUACACAUCUUUCCAUCACUGUGAAAACUAAUAUUUUUGUAUUUAAGGAACUGCUUAGCAGGAUUGGACAGGAAAAAAAGAAUGGAGUGCCCCACAUCCCAAAAAUUGCGGAGAAGAAAAACAACCGCUAUUCUAUCCCUGAUCUGCCCUGCGAUGUGGAGCACAUGUUUCCACGGGAGAAGGGAAACAAGAAAAUCAAAGCCAAUACAGUAUCUGGUGGGAGGAAUCGAAUUCGGAAAAUUUUGGACAAAACUCGUUUUAGCAUCUUGCCUCCAAAACCUUUCAGUGAUGGAAGUGUUACCCAAUCACAGGAUGACAGUAUAGUUGGCACCAGACAGUGCCGGCACAGUGUUGCCAUCUUGCCUAUCCCUGGGACUCUCUCUUCCAGCAGCCCCGACCUACUGCAGCCCACAACAAGCAUGUUGGAUUUCUCUAAUCCAACAGAUAUCCCUGAUCAAAUUAUAAGAGUAUUCAAAGCAGAUCAGCAAAGCUGCUAUAUCAUCAUCAGCAAGGACACAACUGCAAAGGAGGUGGUCAACCACGCAUUGCACGAAUUCAACCUUACGGGACCCUCGGAUACAUAUUCACUCUGUGAAGUGUCAGUUAGUCCAGAGGGAGUUAUCAAGCAGAGGCGGCUUCCAGACCAGUUCUCAAAACUGUCUGAUAGAAUUCAGCUUAAUGGAAGGUAUUAUUUGAAGAACAACAUGGAGACUGAGACCUUGUGUUCGGAUGAGGAUGCUCAGGAACUGCUCCGUGAGAGCAUCAUAUCUCUCCUCCAGCUGAGCACUAUUGAGGUGGCUACACAGCUUUCUAUGAGAGACUUUGACCUUUUCCGUAAUAUUGAACCCACUGAGUACAUUGACGAACUUUUCAAGCUGGAUUCCAAAACAGGCAGCACCCGACUCAAACAGUUUGAGGAAGUGAUCAAUCAAGAGACAUUCUGGGUUGCCACUGAAAUACUGAAAGAGUCAAAUCAAUUGAAAAGGAUGAAGAUUGUGAAGCAUUUUAUCAAGAUCGCUCUUCACUGCCGAGAGUGCAAGAAUUUCAAUUCUAUGUUUGCUGUUAUAAGUGGACUGAACCUUGCACCUGUGGCCAGAUUACGUGGCACUUGGGAAAAGUUACCCAGCAAGUACGAGAAGCUCCUACGAGACCUGCAGGAUCUUUUUGAUCCAUCAAGAAAUAUGGCAAAAUACCGCAACAUCCUUAGCAGUCAGAGCAUGCAGCCUCCUAUUAUCCCCCUCUUUCCAGUUGUCAAGAAGGAUAUUACAUUUCUUCAUGAAGGAAAUGAUUCUAAAGUAGAUGGUUUGGUAAAUUUUGAGAAACUCCGAAUGAUUGCCAAGGAAAUCCGCCAUGUUGUCCGCAUGACUUCUGCUAAUAUGGACCCAGCGGUUAUGUUUAGACAAAGGAAGAAGAGGUGGAGAAGUUUAGGGUCAUUAAGUCAGGGAAGUACAAACUCAAACAUGCUGGAUGUACAAGUAGGCGCUCACAAGAAGAGAGCCAGGCGGAGCUCCCUCCUCAAUGCCAAGAAGCUGUACGAGGAUGCGCAGAUGGCACGGAAGGUCAAGCAGUAUCUGUCCAAUCAGCAAGUGGAAAGUGAUGAGGAGAAGAUUCAGAUUAUGUCACUGCAAUGUGAACCUGCCUACAGCACCUUGACAAAGCAUGUAAGUGGGAGAUCAGCCAAAUCUGAUAUGUCUCCUGCUACUCUGAGACCCUCAGGCCAAGCUGCUAAAGUGCAUCUCCAUCAGCAAAACCGAAUGAGCCAGGUGCUGAUAGUUCCUGCAGUAAAUCUACAUCCCAUGCGGAAGAAGGGAGCAUCCAAAGAGCCUAUUACAGGCACUUCAGGAUCGCCACAGAAAAGUGUCAGCAUGGCCGAUGACGUUGCCAUAAAAACGCAAGCAGAAGAUACAGUAUCUAUGGUGUCCUCACUGCACUCUAGUCCCCCGGCCUCCCCACAGAGUUCGCCGCAUAAAGGUGGUACAGCAAGAACUGAGAAUUGUGGUCACAUGAACUUCUCCGGCUCCUCCUCAUCUCUGACUAGCGAACCUAGCCAGAAAACUGGCAGUCAGCGGAGCUACGGAAUAGGUUAUACCCUUUUGCCAUCUGUAAAAUCCGAUAACUUCUCAGACUCCAGCCACAGUGAGAUCUCGUCGAGGUCAAGCAUAGUAAGCAAUUGUUCUGCAGACUCAAUGUCAGCUGCCCUGCAGGAUGAGAGAGGUCUGUCUCAUUCACACAUGGUCAUUGAUUCAUUGGGGACAGCAGAACGGAAAGACUUUGCACAUUCUUCAGCUGAGUACAGCCAGCCCUACAAUGUUAGCUGGCACCCAUCAAGGCAUCCUGGAAUCAGAAAUAUUGCAUCUUGCACAAGCAGUGAGGAAAUGUCCCAUGAUCACAUUACAAUAGAGGUCGCAGACAGUGGCCGUGGAAGUUGGACUUCUUGUUCUAGUAGUUCUCAUGACAACUUUCAAGCUUUCCAAAGCCAAAAGGGCUUGGACAUUUUUAGCACUUAUCGACACUUACACAUGGAUCCACCCAUUGCAGAGGUUGAAUCCACCAGCUGUUAUACAGAAGAGUCAUUCCAUGAAGACCAUAAAAGUCAAUCAAAGGACAGCCUAGAACUCAACCAGUCACGUCAGAGCUGGACUUCUUCAAGCUCAGUGUCAGAUACAUAUGAAACAAACUAUGGCACAAUUAAGAGAAGAGGUCUUGACACAACAACAGAGAAAACAGACUCUGACACAUCCUAUAAAACAGUUACGUCCACUACAGAGAAAGGGCUUAUAGUGUACUGUGUCACAUCAUCUAAGAAGGACAAUAGGUAUAGGGAGCCACCUCCAACCCCUCCUGGAUACAUGGGGAUUUCUUUAGCGGACUUAAAGGAAGGACCAUCCCACCAGCCACACUUAAAACCUCCAGAAUAUAGUGUGGCAUUACAAAGGUCAAAGAUGGUAUAUAGAGACCUCUCUAGACUUUCGGCAGCUCCUCUUGGUAGUGAACAUAUGGCAUGUGUCCCACAGAAGACCUUAAACCAUUGGCAUAACCGGCAGCAGCCACAUCCUAAUGUAGAGGGUUUGACUGUAACAGAUAGUGAAGAGGAUGAAGAAGAACAAGUGUCAGCUGUUUAAGCACACAUGAUGCAUUUGUUGUGCCAGUAUGGAGGACAAGGAAGUGGGAUGGAUUCACUUGCCGAGAGCCAGUUAGCUGGAGUUAACGGUUUGCUGCUUCUCUGUUCAACUGCUUCGUGUUCUGGCAUUAGGAAGAGGAUAGCGCAAGAGACAUGGUGGUCACAGGCAUUUUAGAUCUGCUACAGAAAUGACUGUCCACGCUGGAGAAUAAGACCCAUGUUAAAUACUGACAUCAAUUUGCAGUGAAUGACCUUGACUAGUUUGUCCUUAAAGAGACCUCACUAAAAUGUUUUAUCACAGGACCACUUCAAAUCAGGAGAUUUUUGGAAUCCUUAUAUCGCAAAAUAAUUUAAUCUCAGAGCAAAGCUCUCACAUCUCUAAAGACUCACUGUACAAUGGUGACUUUGCAAAUCACGUGUAAAAAGCAUACAUUUAUGUGUUUGUGUCUUUAUAUAUAUAUAUCUAUAUAUAUAUAAUGUCAAUGUAAUUUAUUUGGUGGGAAUUCAAGACACCUUAUUUUUAUGCUUGAUUGUACAUGUUUCAGUUUUGUCAUUUUUAAAUGCUUUGCAAAAAGUAGAAUGCGAAGAGUUAUGCUUCUAACAAUCGUGGAGAUGUAUUUUUGAAUAGAUAUUACUGCUUGAAACCUAAGCUAAAUUCUGAAACAAAAAUAUCACUGGGAAAUGUAGCCCAGUAUAAAGAAAAAAAGACUUUUGUAUAUAUUGUAGUAAAACACUGCCACCCUCUGGCUAAAUGGAGUUAUGUCUCUUAAACUAGAUCAGAGUAGAUGCAGCUGUUCCGAAAAGACAAAUCUGACGUGCAACGGCAGUGCCAAAACAGUGUAGCUACUGGGACACAAUACUGUAUAGUUAGUCUUAGCUUGUUCUAAUUAAAUGAACUGUGCCUUCUUGUGUUGGCAUAUAUGUGAGCAGAUAUACACUCAGAGCAUAAACUGUAAAUCCAAUGUGUUGUGUCUAACGUGGUGGCCUAACAUAUAGUUAAAACUGGAAUUAUUUAGUUGGAGCACAAAAUGAAGACACUUAGUGCCUGGACUAUCCUUUUCAUUAAAUAGUUACGUUUACAGAACUAAGUGCAUCCAGCUAUUACAUUUCUCAAACAAAUCUUGUAACAAUGGCCUUAAAGAAGAGGUUGUUUUUUUUUUUGGCUUUUCCCAUCUUGUGAUCAACAAAAGGAAGGUCCAGCAAAAUUAAAUGUCUAACUAUUCCAUAAUUUAUGUUCAUUAUACUCUGGAUACACUAGGUGGUGCACAUAAAAAGUGCUUGUUAUAUCAUAUACAUCUUUCAGUUAUUUGGCAUUAUUUAUUGCACCCUACUCUCAUUUCCUGAAUGAUUUAAUAUCAUUCACUUUUUCAUUCCAUUUAGAUUUACAUUAUGAUGGCAAUAUGUUCACAAAUUAUAACCUGAUUUAGAUCUAAGAAAAAAAGUGAGAUUUUUAUUACGGUUUAA